ACAUUGAUUUGGAAGGUGUAGACAUUGGAAGUGAUAUAAAUAAUUCCAAUUCUUCCCCGUUAAUAACCUUGAAGAGACCUUUCAAAGUUCCUAUAACUAAUUAUACCGGACCACUUAGAUCCGGAAUAUUGGGAAUAAAAAGGGAUAAUGUUAGGGCAUGCCCUCACGAUCCCAAUGAAGACGGCGCAUUGGUGUUAUACUGGCCGCCCGCGCUUACUCAAGCCGAGAAAUUGAAAACGGAAAACGAUCGAUAUCGCCCUAUCCACGUCGUGGUAGACCCCGUAAUAUCCACUCGGUUACGACCCCAUCAACGGGAGGGCGUUAAGUUUAUGUGGGACUGCGUGACGGGCGCCAUUAUCGACGGUAACCGGGGUUGCCUCAUGGCGGACGAUAUGGGGCUCGGGAAGACGCUUCAAUGCGUGGCCCUCGUUUGGACCUUGCUUACCCAAAGUUCGGCACCGCAAUACCGGUGCACCGUUGAUCUAGUCAUUAUCGUCACACCGAGCAGUCUUGUCGAGAACUGGAGAAACGAGUUUAAAAAAUGGUUGGGCGAUAGGAUCAAGGUAAUGGUCCCAGAAGGGAAUAAAGAAAAGGUUGAAAAGAAUUUGAGAUUUUUCGUUAGCCAACAGCAGUCGGUCUUCAGUUUCUCAAGCGGAAACCCUUUAUCCUCUCCGUCAACGCCAUCACCAACCCUAACUAAACCGCGAUGGUCGAAACCUCCCAUGUACCCGGUCCUAGUCAUAUCCUACGAACUAUUUCGUAUCCAUUCCGAAAUUUUUACUCUCAAAGAUUGCCUCAAAAAUGACCCCGAUAAUAAAUCAAAGUGUGAUGAAGCCGAAGCAAACGCCGUAAAAACGUACACGCCGAACGAGUUGAUGGCCCUGCGUAGGCUCAUCAUAUGUGACGAAGGUCACCGCCUCAAAAAUUGUGAAAACCAAACCUACAAAGCUCUGGAUAACGCUGCCGCCAAAUUGAGAAUAUUGUUGUCUGGUACGCCCAUACAAAACGAUCUGCUGGAGUAUUUUAGCCUGAUUCACUUCGUCAAUGCUGGCAUAUUAGGAUCGGCACAAGAAUUUAAAAGAAAAUUCGAAAACCCGAUUAUAAAGGGCCGCGACGCUUACGCUAGUGACGCCGAACGUGCUAGGAGUGCGGAAAAGCUUAAGGAGUUACUGGAUAUCGUCAACAAAUGUAUAAUCAGGAGAACCUCAGCAUUAUUAGUUCAGUAUUUGCCCGUUAAAGUGGAAAUGAUAGUGUGCUGUCAAUUAUCGUCACUUCAACGUCAAUUAUAUCAAAAGAUCUUGACAGAAUUUCACUGCAAAUCUAAUCACAAUCUCAAAAUGUCUUCGUCAACUUUGGCAUCCAUCACUCUCCUCAAAAAAUUGUGCAAUCAUCCCGAAUUGAUAUAUGACAAGUGUGUCAAAGGAGAAGAUGGAUUGGAGGGAUGCGCUUCAUUAUUUCCCUCCGGAUUUCAAAAUUAUUUUAUGCCAGAAUUAUCGGGCAAAACUCUAUUGCUUGACCGACUGCUGAUCAAGAUUAAGGAAGGAACGGAUGACAAAAUUGUGCUAGUGUCCAAUUAUACGCAGACUCUCGAUAUGUUCGAAAAGCUAUGCCGGCUCAGAGGAUAUUCGUAUCUACGUUUAGACGGCUCGUGCACUACCAAGAAACGGGCUAAAUUGGUCCAGAAGUUUAACGGUGCUACGAAAGGUGCUGGGAAGGAUUCGGUAAACGAAGAUUUAGACAACAAUCUCAUGGCCCAACAAGAUAAAACGUUCGUGUUUAUGCUGAGUAGUAAAGCUGGCGGAUGCGGCCUCAACCUCAUAGGCGCUAAUCGGCUCAUUAUGUUCGAUCCCGAUUGGAAUCCAGCUAACGACUCCCAAGCAAUGGCCAGGGUAUGGAGAGAUGGUCAAAAGAAGUCUCAAUGCUUUGUUUACCGAUUUUUGGCGACCGGAACGAUUGAAGAAAAAAUAUUCCAACGUCAAUCCCAUAAAAAGUCUCUGAGCGACUGCGUAAUCGAAGAUAACACCGCUUCCUCUUCCUUGAAUUCAACCGAUCAGCAUUAUUCCCGCGAGGAACUAAAGGAACUCUUUUCCCUUCCCCCUAAUUCUUGCACGUCUCUUAGCGACACUCACGACAAAUUGCGCUGCAAACGUUGCCUAACCAUAAUUCCGAAUAAUAAAACCGAAAAUACUAAUAAUCUCGGCAACGUUAAUCAACCCGACGAAUCUCGAUCAAAUUCCCGCCUCGUUACCGUCAAUCAAAUUCGACCGCCUCCGGAAGGCACGGACUGCACCAGCCCCGUCACUGACUGGCAUCACGCUGCCGAUAGAAAAUCGCUUUCCAAUUCUCGCGACUCCAUAUUCGUUUCGGCAUUUUCGGCGAGUCGCUUCGCCGACGACCCCAGCGAUAAAGAAUCAUCUGCUAACAAAUGCGUUGUUACCUUCACUUUCUAUCAGUUUUCUCACCAAGAACGCAGACUCACGGUCUGACUGAACAUUUAUACAUUAUUUUUAACUUAUGAAAUAACCAUUUUUUAAAAAAAAAUAAAUUAUAUAA